AUGUGGAUCCAUCGACAAAAGUUGCUCGAGGACAGUCUAUCCAUUCAGAAAUUGUUUCAUGAGGCCAAACAACUCGAUGCUAUGAUGGGCCGACAAGAAGGACGUUUGAUCGACAAAGACCUGCUCCAACAUGCAUCCACCGGGCAGUUGCAAACCUUUUUGGAUCAACAGACUCAAAUGAUCGAGGCUGUCGAAUCAUAUCGAAGAUCUGUAGAAUCAGUCUGUGAACUGGGCCGGAAACUGAUUCGUGGGCAAGUUGCAGGCAUGGGUAGGAUCGAACAGAAAGUGUACAGUCUGAAACAGCGAUAUGCCAAUCUUUGCGUUAUGGUUCACGAUAGAAAGUGCCUACUCUUUGAAUGGAUUACAUUCCGUGACAUGCUACAGAAAAUUGAUACGAUUCAAGAAUGGCUUUGUGAAAAGAAGGAAUGUUUAGACGAAUUGAUUUACGCGGUUCGACGUCAUACAUAUUUGGCUCGAUGUGAGGAACUACACGAAUUUAUCAGGGAGAAAGCCACACAGCUUCCGGACGACGUUGGUGCGGACUUCAAGAUCAUUUGUCAACAGGUCUCUCAACAGAACGCAUUCGAACAGGACUUCCAAGCAACGGAACUACAGGUGCAGAUGAUCAACCAAAGUGCGGAACAAUUACUGCCAUUGUAUGCUGGCAAAUGGACACGACACGAGGCUUUGGAGCACAACUUGCUUCUUCAAGCAGAACGGUUUGAACGACUCAAACGACCCACACAAAUGGAACUAUUGGACACGACCCCCGCAGAUUAUUCGGUUUUGGAAAAAGCUGCUUCAGGAGCCGUUGUGAGCGAGGAGACAUUGAGCAUGAUCCUAGCUGUCCCUACCGUGGACUCAAUGCUCCGGCAGUUUGGUUUGGAAGCUGAGAUUGAUUCUACCGCAAAAGAUCAUGCUGACCACCAGGAAGCUAUUGUGAAUAAAUCGUCCGAUGAAGAACUGGACAGUAUCGUUCAAGCAGUUUACACAGAAAACAUGGGUGAUCUAUUGUCGCGAAAGCACGAUCGCUACGGACUACACGAAACGUCCUCAUGUUUUUCGAAUUUUGAAUUCGAAUACUGGAGCAUCUUACUUAUUUCAAGCUCCCAAUGA